GUCGGUCGGUCGGUUUAUAUCUGGGAACGGUAACGAGAUUCGUCUCCGAUUUGGGAUGUUUUGAAUUUUGUGCGUGCGUGCGGGCGUGUUUAAUUCAGAGUGAAGUCACGAGUUUCCUAAAUAUUCUGCCGGAUCCGGAGAGUUGACGUCCGGUGCUUGAGGAAUAAAUUUAGAGUUUUCGUUGGUGGCUAAAGGAUUCUGCUCGGCUGCCGGGUGCUUAAGGGACGUGACAUCCAACGAGAUCGUGCAGCACUAGCUCUAGUGUAGUGAGUAGUUAAUAAAUAAUAGCAACAAAAAAGGAAACUUUCAGCUGCGAAAAAGUGACGGUGAAGGAGAUCCGGUCAGGUCCGAUAGCAGUCCGGUUCUACUUGUUUUUCGCCACGUCCUCCGUUGUGCCACAGUGGACGAGUGAUAACGAUGGAAAAGAGCUCCGGCCAUUAAAAAGUUUCGUGUCCAUGUGUUGACCGUCGAAGAACCCCAAUCAAGUGGUGGUGUACGAAAACUGGAAGUCACGUUUAGCCAAUAACCGACGACCUCAUACAGGACAACGCUCACGUGCAGGUUUCCGUGUUCAUCGUGGGAGUGCAGAGUUGAUUUAGUGCAAUCGGAUCCAAGUGAACAGCUUGAAGAAAAGGUGGCAAUCUAAAAAUUAAGAAAAAUGUGCCAGCUCGGUUAUAGUGUUGUGGGUUGAGCUCUCUGAGUCGUUUCAACACCUCGAUCGAUUACGAACGCCAGCAUCGGUUUGAUGAUUCAAUUUGGCUGAUUUUUCGAUUGUUUCGUGAUCAACAUAGAAGAAAGGAGCAUUAAGUCCAUAAGAAAGCAGUUUUUCUCCGCUCGGGGCUGCAAAUUGAAAGGGCAGUGUGAUUGUUGCUGUUAUGCCUGUUAGUGAAUUAUUUUCAAUUUUCGAUUCCUCCCGUUGGCUGCAAUACGAGCUCCGACUGAGCAAUAGGGAACCAACCAACCUAUCUUGUAUAUCUACGUAGAAGUAGAAGAUAAUCCGCAAAAAAAGCAAAGUGUCAGCGGAGAGUCGUUCGAAUUGAACAGCCCAGUCAAGUUUCGAAAAACCGGUUUCGACGGAGCCAGAGCCAGUCAGCUUUCAGGUUCACCAGUGCAAUUCCGUGCGGGAGUGAGUGAAUGUACGAUUGUUUGGGUGUGUAUGUGCAUGUAUUGUGUAUGCAUUGGGGGCCCAGCAAAAAGUGGCCUCCGACCGACAGCGCCACUGCCGUGUCGUCUGAUAAAGCCGAACAAGUAAGAAGCCGGGAGAUUGCGGCCUGAACCGGCUCGUCUGGCUGUAGGGUUGCAUUUGCGCCAGCCGGUUGGACUCUGCACAUUGGCUGAAUACGAGAGGGAGUGAUGCACUAAAAAAUAGCCAGUAGCCAGCGAAUCUUAAAGGUGCGAUUUUUCAUUUUGGAUUUAUUGGCACCAUUAGCCGGAGACAAAAUGUGAAAGAAAGAAGUCUGAACGGGCAACCACACCGCACACGACCAACAGACAGCAUUCACCCGUAGUUGUUUGGUUCGGUCGUCGAAGCUUUCAGCAGGUCAUCAUCAACGUUAAUACCACGACGACGGGCGGCUGCCAGUCGGGGGCAUGAUUUGUGAAAUUCUCCCAGCGUCCAGCGCAGAGGAUGGGCAGUGGAUGGCCUUCCCCCGGGCCACGGUAGUAGUUCUCCACCUUUAACGGAGAUUCCACCGGUUUCGGCCAACGCAUCGCCCUAGCCGAUGUAACACCCAUUAUUCAACCAUUAGCGUUGCGAAGGUACCCCUAUUGGAAUACACAAGCAACUUCGUGGUGUAAGAAAAUUUUUCUUACGUAUGGGAACAACAACAUCUUGAGACAAGCUACAUGUAGACGAACAAUAAUAAAGGACUUUUAUGAUUGGAUUGCAUAGUUUUGGGUACGUACCCGACUUGGACAGACUACGGCAGAGCGAGCGGGUGAGCGGACAGCUUCAGUAAUUACGAUGAUUGGGAUCGGGUGGCCGGCGAAAGUCUGAGAGAUGAUGACAAACAUUCUCAUCGAUGAAUACGGGUCAUCAUAAUACACGAUAUGAUCGUCAAGUAACUAACCCACUCAACCCAAUCAGUCAGUGGCGCCACACAGCCCAAACCAGCUUGAAUAAUCAAUCACCAAUAAAAAGCAGAGCCACCUGCAACACCCAAGUCACGUAAAUUCAACCCCCACACGUGGAGCAACCUACCCAGCCGCCCAAAGAUGUCCCACCGAAUGUCCCCCAAAACCCGAGUGGUGUUCAAAUUCAUCUUCGGACUGGGAAUAUGGUCCUUUCUGGUGUUAGGAUUCUUCAAACUGAACGGCGACCCAGUCACGCAGCACCAGUUCCAGCAAACACCGAUCAACGGCCGGCUGCUGCUCAACAAGGACAACCGAUGGACCGGCAGCGAGGCAACGUCCACGACCACCGACCGGUACGCGUCCCCGGUCGGAGCCGGAGUGGACGAAGUCCUGGUGGACAACCGAGCCGUGAUCGACGAUGAGCAGCUGGUCCGCGACGUCGAGUCCCGCAUCCCUUCGCUGCCGAUCGCCUACUGGAGCAAACACAAGAACGCCGUCCAGAAGAAGGCCGCCUGUGCCAAGUACCCGUCUAUCUUCGAGCUGGAGUUCAACAACAUCUACUGGCAGACGCUGCGCAGUUCCAACGGGACGUUCCAACUGUUCGGAGCGUACUACGAUAUCCGGAAGCGGAGCCGUAUAGGGCCGGCGGUUCGCAUUCUCGGUAUGAUCGAUCGGAUCGAACCCAAGGUGAAGACCUUCUGUCAGCUGUGGUUCGACGGGCAGAAGGAGCCCUUCAUUGUGAAGACGUUCGAGUACAAGUACAUCUGGUUUAACAAGUGGGGGAAUUAUAAGCAGGGUAUUUACCAGCCAUAUUUGAUCGCUUGUCAAAUUCCGAAGCCUUUCCGAGGCUUGGUACCAGCCUCCGUGUCGCUGGUGGAGAAGCAAUGCGAUACCGCCACCAACAAUUUACGGGUAUUGUAUAACCGUCCAUUAGACGACAAAAAGAAAGGCUUUGCCGUCUGUGUGAAGGGGUUGGACUUCCUGUACGAUGAUCUUUCGGUGCGAUUAGUAGAGUGGAUCGAGCUCCUAGGUAUCUUAGGUGCGGAUAAGAUCUUUUUCUAUGAACUGCAGGUACAUCCAAAUAUAUCCAAGGUUCUAAGGUAUUACGAAGAGCAGGAUCGGGUUCACGUAACACCUCUGACACUACCAGGUGGUCAGCCGAAUGUACCAGGAUUCCAGCAUCUCUUCCUGUCGAAGAAGACCACCCACAAGCGACAGAAUGAACUCAUUCCCUACAACGAUUGUUUGUAUAAGAACAUGUACAAAUACGAUUUCAUAGCGCUUCUAGACAUUGAUGAGGUAAUCAUGCCCAAGCUCGAGGGAGACCGCACCUGGCAUGACCUGAUGGGUCGGGUCGUCGAGAAAGGCAUGAAGAUCAAGAACGACACGUACCCAAGCUACAAUGUGCGGAACGUGUACUUCUUCGAUCAGGACCAGCACGAGCACGACUGGAACAAGGACGUUCCGAAGUACAUGCAUAUGCUGCAACAUGUCCAGCGAGCCAAGAACUACACAAAACCCAACCAGUACGUGAAGUGCUUCCACAAUCCAGAGCGGGUGCUUACCUUGCACAAUCACUUCCCCAUCGCGUGUCUGGGAGGGGCUUGUCACUCCUUCCCUGUCAGUACGGAUGACGCCCAGCUGCAGCACUACCGAGCCGACUGCGUCCGGACGCUCAAGAAGAGUUGCGAAGAGUUCAAGGAGAACCAGGUCCGCGACACCACCAUCUGGAAGUACAAGGACGAGCUGGUCCAGCGGACGCGGCGCACCCUGGACACGCUCGGUUUCUUCCGGCCGUCGUCGGCAAUCGGUGGCAUGGGGCGUGGCCGCGAUUCGCUCUACAAGCGGUGAUUGUUGCAGAAGCUUCGGCACAUGUUUAAUCUCUAGUUACGUUUGUUCAUUUAUUCGACUAGCCAACGGCAGCAGCCGGGGACGGCAAACAGCACGGCGGCCGCCUCCGAGCGACAGUGCUGCGAUCUGCGUCGCCGUAGAUAACCGGCACACGAGGGCGGGGUGAUUGCCUUCUACCGGAGCCGACUUGCUUCGGGGGAAGGUGCGGCGCGGUUGGAACCAAACCGAAUGAAUGAACGAUCGAUUUUUUUUUGUUUCGUGAAAUUUAGGGCAAGAUUAAGAGAAAGUGUUAUAAGAAUAGGUUCUUGUGUUGUUUUUCUGCAAAAGUUAGCAGGCAUCAAUUAAUGUAACUUAGGCAGUCAUAAGAAGAAAAAAAAGUAAUUUAACGUAUGCGUGGUAGGAGACUCGCUGAGGAAGCGAUUCCCUGAUGGAUCCUGCUUGAAUCUACACGAUUGGAAAUCACCAGUAUAUGUAUAUUAGAGUUAAGAUAAAUCUUCGUUGAGGUGUAGGAAACAGUCAUUGCAUAUAAGACGAGUGUAUUUAUUAAUCAAUUAUUAUGAUUACGGAGACAAUGUGUGCCUUUUCGUUAGAUCCUACUAUUACUACUAACAUCACUGUUAUCAUGUUAAAACGCCGUUCCUGUUGAAAGUUCCAUUCCAUCUAUUCUCCCUGAGCCUGGUCUUUUACACUUAGGGCAAGAAAUACGCUCUUCGAUUCUGCACCUUUCUAUACGUCUAUCUAACGUCUGUUUAGUAUUUAAACGCAGGUAUAGAAGAUUGUUCAAAUUUAUUUAAUGUCAUUCCAAUGCUGUCAAAAUAGCACCAGACAGAGCCACUAGGAGAGUCGAAAUGCCAAUAUCUUUAAGUCUGGACAAAGUAUUAUAUUCGUUGCUAUAACUAAAUUCUUGUUUUCUAAACGAAUAAAUGGUGCAGAAUUGAGGAGAUGCUUCUGUUUUGAGUGUAGAGUAAGCACGUCACGCCAAGUCCUGUUUAAAAGUCACUAUUUUUCUGAGGUGUUCGCAUUGAAUAGUGUUUAUGUUAAAACAGACGCAGACAAUUUUCAAAUGAGUUCUGUUAUACUCAUUGCCAGAAUUCGAUUUCAAAUAUUGCAUGCGUUGCGUGAUGUUCCAGAAUAAAGUGGACAUGAAAAUGCGGGUAUUACAAGAAAUUGAAAUAGUGAUCUUCUAAAUUUUGGAGGAUACAUCCUACGAUCAAAAACGUAUUCUUCAAAGUAGAAAUUGAUCGUUUUGCGUUAAUCUUAUUACCAGAAAUCGAAGAAAGUUUUAAUUUCCAGCAAAUCACGAUCAUUAUUUUUCUCGAAUGCAAUGCCCAUUUAUACACUUAGUGCACAAGAAAGCAUCCUUUACCUAUACUGACCAUGAUCGCAUAUUGUAACCCUCGCAUUUUUGUUCAUUUUGUAAAAAGCCUAUGAAUCGUUGAGAAAGCUCAAUUUAUUGUAUCUAAUCCCAUAAGAGUAUAAUAGGCUUGAGGCUAAGCAAGAUAAUCUGUGGUAAACUGGAAAUGAUUGAGUUUGUACGGAGGAUUGACAAACGAUUUACAAAAUCAAUAAAAAUGCUAAAGUUACAAAUAUGCGAUCAUGGGCAGUAUAAUAGUCGAUUGCACGGGUCAAAAGCUCCAUAUGGAAAAAUUGUUAUCAUUGCCUUUAUGAGAAGUUACUCGUAUUUAAACAAGGGUAAACAAAAUUAUACAUUGCCUUCACAUGGUGUCAAAUGACGUCGUGAUGUAAUCACCUUAAAUUGAAUUUUUUCACUUCCUGGAUAGCGUCAACGAUUCGAAGUUUGGUGCGUUUCUAUAGUUACGGUAGUACCUACAGGGUUGGGAGAAUCUACGAAACAAUCAAAGCAUAGUAGCCAAUAGGUCGACCUGCCAUAACACGAACGAGUAGAAAACAGUUUUGAAUAUUUUUUUGACACGAAAAUUUCUAAUUUUAUUUCUCGAUUGCAGCAAUAAUUGCCGAUGCGUUGCACCAAUAAUUGCUGUAGUGUUCCAAUAGUUGUGAAUCCCGUAUAAAACUAGUGGGACUCGCCCGCCACUAUGGGGUAGUUGCCAAUAAUUGGAGGAAUCAUUUUACAAAGCUCGAAAAGAUGGAUGUUGAAGCAGGUAACAUAUUUAUGCGUAAAUUAGAGUUAAAGAGCUUUCGGAUGCAUCCUCAAAGUGAAGUACACCGAUUCUUCUGUUAUGAAGUCAUUUGUCCAAUACUGCAGAAAGAACAAAAUGUCAUUCAUCAUUGGCUUUGAUGUCAACACGUAUCAUACAGGAUAUUGAAAGUCGUGGUGAUUGCUUACUAAAAUAUUUCUCAUUCAAUAAUGUAUUAGCAAGAGGUGAAAUGAACCAAGCGAUUUACGAAAGAAUUGCAAUGAUCGGAGACACAUAGUAUUUGAAUGAAGUUGGGGAAAACGAUCAACUACUUUGUUUAGAAGCUCAAGAAAAACUAAACUGGGGUGACAUUGCGCAUCUCGAAUCGAAUCACUCGAUUCGUACGUUUUUGCAUUCGUUUCGAAAAAAUUGCGGCAUUAUGUAUUUCGUUCGACUUCAUUCAGUCGCAGUACAAGAUUUCGAAUGGUGCUGUACUAGCUCAAUCGAGUAUGUUCUGUCAAACGAAAUGUAAACAGAGAGAAUAAGAGAUAGCUGUCUCCGUGUUUAUUAU